CGGGAUAACGAACCGGGACCAUCAUCAAUGAUGAAUAAAUAUUUUAUGAAACCUGAUGAAACAAUGGUAAAACAAUCGAAUUCAAAUAUGAAUCGAAAACAACAACAACAACAAACCAAUUCGAUAAUUUUAAAUCGAUUAUCGAAAAUUGUACCAUCAUCAUCAUCAUCAAACAGUGGAGGCGUCAGUUCCAAUGAUAAUCAAACAAAAAGAAUUGCAAUAGAUCAAACAACAACAACAACAACAAUGUUGUACACUUGUCAAUAUUGUCAAAAACAAUAUAAUUAUGAGAUUUCAUUGAAAAAACAUGUUAAAAGUGCACAUUCAUAAACGUAAAAAACAACAAAAAUGAUGAUGAUGAUGAUAAUUAAAAAUGGGCAGAGAAAUAAAUUUUUUUUUUCAUUUAAAAAAAAGGAUUCUUUUUUGGCAAAACAUUAUGACCUAAAUAUAUUUAUUAAUUUUCAACUUUCUAUUCAUUCUCCCACCAUCAUCAUCACCUUUUGUUAUGU